AUGACUACUACACAGCGAAGUGAAAUCAUGAAUAAUGUACUUAAAAAGUAUGUCAGCUAUCAACACACUAUGUUGCGUUUUUUAGAGCAUUUUGAGAGGUUGAUUGAUGAUCGACGUUAUGAAGAGUUAAAAGCCGACUUUAGAGUAAGUCAACGUAAUUUGGCACCAUCACUUCCAAUUGAAAUUUUGAAUCAUGCAGCGAAUGUGUAUACCCCUGCAGUGUUGAGAAUGUUUGAGGUUGAGUUUUCAGAGGCUUAUAGUUGUGCUAUGGAACUUAUUACUGAGUUAGGAGUUAUGAGAGAUUAUAAGCUUACUCCGAAUGGUAAGUCUUUUCACCACACAGUUAAAUAUGAUUCAUCGGCUAAUACAACAAUAUGUAGUUGCAAGAAGUUUGAGUUUGCAGGAAUAUUAUGCUCACAUAUUCUUAAAGUCUUUUCCUUUCAUAAUAUUGUGAAAAUACCUUCUCAAUACAUUUUAAAGAGGUGGACAAAGCAUGCGAAGAUGGGAGUUACAAGUAGUACCUUUGAGAUUAAACAGGGAGAUGAUCCUAAAGCAAGUUUGGCAUUAUGUUAUCAAGAUUUGUCAAGAUCCUACACUCAUAUUGUAACAAAAGCAUCAGUAACUCAAAAAGCCUAUAAACUUGCUAGAGAUGGUUUUAAACGACUUUCAGAUGAUGUGGAUGCUUGUUUGGAAGAAGACACCGUUGGAAGAAAAGAGGAGAAUCGUACUACCGGUGGAAUCAAUACAACAAUAAAAGGUAUAAAAACAAAUAAUAAGAGAAUUCGUGGUAGUUCUUCUACACGUCCAAAGAAUGCUCUUGAGAAGAUGCGUAAAAAAACUAAAGUUUCUAAAAAAAACUUGUCUACAAAACAGGUUUCACAAGUCUUUAACAACAAUGAUCAAGUCAACAAUUAUAUGCCACUUUGUCAACCAGAUUUUUCAUUCCCGACUACAUCAUAUAAUCCUAACCAUAUUAAUAUGGCACCUGAAAAUCCAAACAUACAAAUAAGCAUGACUGAAUUACUUUUACAGGCCGAGAAGACACCUAUUGGAUUUGAAGAUAGUCAAUCUUUCAAGAAUAUCUAA